AUGGUCGACUACUUAACUAAAUGGUGUGAGGCUGUGCCUGUGAAGCAACAAGAUGCCCGUACGAUCGCAUCAGUGAUAAUCUUUGAGUGGGUAUCACACUAUGGGGUACCAGUCAUUCUCCACUCUGAUCAGGACCCAGCCUUUGAGAGCCACUUGCUGCGGGAAAUAUGUGCAUUCCUGGGGAUCCAUAAAACGAGGAUAACACCGUACCACCCAGAGGGGAAUGGCUCGGUGGAACGCACCAACAGAACCAUAAAGAAAAUACUUACCACCCUCGUAGCUCGUUACGAAGGGGAACGGUGGGACGAACACAUUCCGCUAUGUAUGCUGGCCUAUCGAGCAGCUACACACGAGUCGACAGGUUAUACACCGGCAUUUUUACAACUCGGGCACGACCUCCGACUACCUUCAGACGCAGACACGCCUGUGAUUCCUGCAGACCUGGUUGGCAGUAACGAAUACGCCCGGUCACUCCAAGAACGCCUGUCAGCGGCACUUCAAAUCACCCGUAAAAACAUCGGACAUGCACAGCAACGCCAGAAAACUGUGCACUACCACAAAUCCCGUGACCUCUGUACGAAGGAUGAUGUUUCACGCAAUGCUGCUGAUGCUUUUCGCGUGAAUGUCAUCCAUGCAAGGCAGCAGGUCCGCUCGCCCAUCACGAUUAUCGCAAGAACUAGUUUCUUCCACGUGAAGCGCGCAAACAUCUGGGUUUGUGCCGUUGCGCGACGGAAUGUGAACGCAGCGAUGGUAUUUCAACUACUGCAUGCCCUGCUCUGUGUAAUGAAAGAGUACUUCGGUAGGGUUACCGAAGAGAAUAUCAAGAAUAAUUUUGUGUUGAUCUAUGAAAUCCUUGAUGAGGUCAUCGACUAUGGCUAUGCACAAAAUACGGAUACAGGUACCCUGAGGACGCUUAUAACCCAAGCAGGAACGCGAUCUGCUACCAAGGAGGAGACUGCCCAAAUAACCAAUCAGGUGACAGGCCAAAUAGGUUGGCGUCGCGAAGGCAUAAAGUACAGACGAAAUGAACUUUUCUUGGACAUAAUGGAAUCCGUCAAUCUUUUGAUGUCACCCCAAGGUCAAGUGCUGUCUGCACAUGUUGCCGGGCGAGUGAUAAUGAAAUCCUACCUCAGUGGCAUGCCGGAGUGCAAAUUUGGCUUUAACGACAGGCUGAGUUUGGAGAACAAACAGCGCACCACAGCUGGGGGUGAAGACAAUAUCCUCUCUACUGCCUUCUUUAUCCUCCUCGCCCUCAUCAGCGCAGUGACGAGCACCGGUGGUAUCGCUAUUGAUGACUGUCAGUUCCAUCAAUGCGUCAAAUUGGGUCGGUUUGAUACGGAGCACACAAUCUCAUUCAUCCCACCAGAUGGAGAGUUCGAAUUGAUGCGCUACCGUACCACGAAAAAUUCUGCCGUGCAGUUUGGCAUGCGCUCCGCACGUGCUAAGUGUAAACUGCUGAUGGCUCAGUGGUUAGAGUGCGAGUUUACUGACCGGAAGGCAAAUGACACAUACAACCCUCCUUUCACGUUUCUCUCAAUGCAGGAAAUCAGCCUUCCAUUCCGCGUAAUCCCUUUGGUUCGUGAACUGGGCAAAACCAGCAUGGAUGUGCAAGUGGUGGUGAAAGCCAACUUCCGACCCAACCUGUUCGCACAGAAGAUCGAGGUACGCAUUCCGACCCCCACAAACACGAGUGGUGUGCAAGUGAUUUGCAUGAAAGGUCGGGCCAAGUACAAGGCUGCAGAGAACGCGAUCGUCUGGAACGUUUCCAGCCAUGUGCAAGGCGGAUCACGUGUACUCAACUUUGCCUACUGUGAUAUGUUAGCCAAAAAGAAAGGAAGUCUCAUCAAUGUGGACAAGUUUUUCUCUAGUUUGGUCACCUGUCGAAAGCCUAUGUAG